AUUUGAACCAGUCCGCCGCCCCAUCAUCAACUUGAUCUUCUCAAUUUGUGAUUUGCGAUCUUGCCUCAAUGUCGGCCACGAGGAUGGCGAGAGGUUUCCAGCGGCUUCCAAGCCGCAUGUUUGCAACCUCCCAGCGAUCCGCGUAUCUGGCUCGACCCGCAGUCUCGGUGUAUGCCCAGCAAUAUCAACCUCGACGGCCGUUCAGCUUGUCAACGCUUCGUUUUGCAAGUGCAGCGCAAGAAGCCCUUAAAAAAGCUCAAGAUGAUGCCGCAAGUCUAACACCCGAAUACGUGGCUGCCAAUAUGGCCCCGGAAGAGAAGAAGAGACUGUCGACGGUGCGCAACAUCGGCAUCGCAGCGCAUAUCGAUUCCGGCAAGACAACAGUUACGGAACGAGUCUUGUUUUAUACGGGACGAAUCAAGGCAAUCCAUGAAGUUCGAGGCAAGGAUUCGGUCGGUGCGAAAAUGGACUCUAUGGACCUGGAAAGAGAAAAAGGCAUCACGAUUCAAUCUGCCGCUACCUUCUGCGACUGGCAAAAGACCGUGGACAACAAGGACGAAACCUAUCACAUCAACCUGAUCGAUACUCCUGGCCACAUCGACUUCACCAUCGAAGUCGAGCGUGCGCUGCGCGUUCUUGAUGGCGCUUGCAUGAUAUUAUGCGCCGUCAGCGGAGUCCAGUCACAAACGAUCACUGUCGACCGUCAAAUGAAGCGAUACAACGUGCCGCGGAUUUCCUUCGUCAACAAGAUGGAUCGCAUGGGCGCCAACCCCUGGAAAGCUGUCGAACAGAUCAACACAAAGCUCAAGAUUCCGGCAGCGGCAAUCCAGAUACCCAUUGGCGCGGAGGAUGAAUUCCAAGGCGUGAUCGACUUGAUCGAGAUGCGCGCGUUGUACUUCGAAGGACCUCGCGGCACGAAGAUUCGCGUUUCAGAUCAAAUACCUGCCAACCUCAAGUCAAUGGCAGAUGAGAAGCGGCAACUUCUGAUUGAGAAGCUAGCCGAUGUUGACGACGAAAUGGCAGAGCUCUUCCUAGACGAGCAAGAACCCAGCAAAGACCAAAUCAAGGCCGCUAUUCGCCGGGCCACUAUAGAUCGCAAAUUCACCCCAGUUUUGAUGGGGUCUGCGCUCGCCGAUAAGGGUGUACAGCCCAUGCUUGAUGCUGUCUGCGACUACUUGCCUUACCCUUCUCAGACAGAAAACAUGGCUUUGGACAAAUCGAAGGGGGAGAAGGCCGUCAAGUUGGUCCCAUACAAUUCACUCCCAUUUGUUGGCUUGGCCUUCAAGCUUGAGGAGAACAACUACGGACAGCUUACAUAUAUCCGCGUCUACCAGGGCACGCUGACAAAGGGUUCAUAUCUGUUCAACUCGAGGACAGACAAAAAGGUUCGCAUCCCACGUAUCGUGCGGAUGCAUUCGAACGAAAUGGAGGAUGUUUCCGAGGUCGGCGCGGGAGAGAUCUGCGCUGUCUUUGGUGUAGAGUGUGCUUCUGGCGACACUUUCACUGACGGCGGUCUUCCCUACACCAUGUCGUCCAUGUUCGUUCCCGACGCUGUUAUGUCGCUCUCCAUCACGCCGAAGCGCAGUGGCGACGCCGACAACUUCAGUAAAGCUAUGAAUCGCUUUCAGCGCGAAGAUCCCACAUUCCGCGUUCAUGUCGACCCUGAGAGUGAGGAGACAAUAAUUUCAGGCAUGGGUGAGCUGCAUCUUGAAGUCUACAUUGAGCGCCUUCGUCGCGAAUACAAGACAGAAGUCGUUACAGGGCAGCCUCGUGUGGCUUACCGGGAGACCAUCCAGCGCCGCGCUGACUUUGACUUUCUGCUCCGCAGGCAGACUGGCGGACCUGGCGACUUUGCUCGUGUUGCCGGGUGGAUUGAGCCCAACGACCAGCCCGACACAAAUCAUUACGAGAGUCAGAUCAUUGGUGGUACCAUUCCCGACAAGUACUUGAGUGCCUGUGCCAAGGGCUUCGACAUCGCCACCGACAAAGGGCCUCUCCUGGGACAUCGAGUCAUCGGUUCGAAGAUGGUGAUCAACGAUGGUGCCACCCACGUCACGGACUCAUCUGACUACGCCUUUAAUCUCGCCACACAGAUGGCCUUCCGCAAGGCUUUUACUGAAGCAGGAGGCGCCGUUCUCGAACCCCUUAUGAAGACGGUUAUCACUGCACCCAAUGAGUUUCAAGGCAACAUCUUGAUGCUCAUGAACAAGCGUAAUGCUACUAUUCAUGACACUGAGAUUGGCUCCGAGGACUUUACUUUGACUUGCGACUGCAGUCUGAACGCAAUGUUCGGGUUCAGUUCUCAGCUUCGCGCUGCCACCCAGGGCAAAGGAGAGUUCAGCAUGGAAUUCAGCCAUUAUGCUGCUGCACCACCCCACCUCCAAAAGGAAUUGGUCGCCAAGCAUGAGGCUGAGCUCGAGGCCAAACGUACAAAAUAGAAAUGAGCACGGAUGGAGGACACGUAGCAUUGGGCAACAAUGUAUACUGCUGUAUAUUGUGUAAAACAUGUAGAACAACGGGUAUAUACAUAGACUUGGAUUGCCAGCAUGGUCCUUACAAAUGGGCCGAGGAAUAGAACAACAAUACUACCGGGCAUCUUAUGCUUGUUGCGACGAGGAGGAAGGUGAAACAGCGACUGGAGAUCGCAUCGACAUCAGCAACAGCGCUACCAACAUCGUCCUAAGCACAUUUUGGGACACUCGCUGUUCCUCUGUUGCCAGGCAGGGUUCCUACGCGAAUUACUAGCCCAUAAACCCUGUUCCGAGUUCACCAAGUAUUCUUGUACGUAUCAGGAAGC